UAAAGUUCUGUGUUGGGGGGGCAAAAACCAAACCAAGUUUGAAAAUUGAGUUCAUUCAUUCAGAUUUGAACAAUGUGGCUGAAGGUUGUUCUUCUCCUUGCAACGCUUUCUCUUUUUCACUCGGCAGCUUCUCUUAAUAGGAGCAGUUUUUCCCCAGAUUUCUUCUUUGGAACAGCUUCUUCAGCUUUCCAGUAUGAAGGUGCUGCACGUGAAGGUGGCAAAGGCCCCAGUAUAUGGGACACAUUCACUCAUAGCCACCCAGAUAGAAUAGCAGACCACAGUAAUGCAGAUGUUGCCGUUGAUUCAUACCACCGCUACAAGGGGGAUGUGGCUAUGAUGAAGGAUAUUGGAUUCAAUGCCUAUAGGUUCUCCAUCUCUUGGCCAAGAAUACUACCUCAUGGAAACUUGCAGGGAGGAGUUAACCGAGAAGGCAUUGCCUAUUACAACAAUCUCAUAAAUGAUUUGAUAGCAAAUGGACAACAACCCUUUAUAACUCUAUUUCACUCUGAUUUCCCUCAAGCUCUUGAAGAUGAAUAUGGUGGUUUUCUGAAUCCCAAAAUUGUUCAGGAUUUUGCAGAUUAUGCAGAAGUUUGCUUCAGGGAAUUUGGUGACAGGGUCAAGCACUGGAUUACAUUAAAUGAACCAGUUCUAUAUAGCACUCUAGGUUAUGGAAAUGGUGGAUCCCCACCCAAUAGAUGCUCCAAGUGGUUUGCUAACUGCACGGCUGGUGAUUCUACCACUGAGCCCUAUGUGGUUACACACAAUCUCAUUCUUUCUCAUGCUGCAGCAGUAAAAGUUUACAGGGAGAAGUUCCAGGUUUCUCAGAAGGGUCAAAUUGGGGUAACAUUGAAUUCUGCCUGGGUUCUGCCACUUUCUCAAUCAAAAGAGGACAUAGAAGCUGCAUAUCGAGGUCUUGCUUUUAUGUAUGACUGGUUUAUGGAACCACUUUACUCCGGCACAUAUCCGGCCAUAAUGGUAAAGAAUGUUGGAGGACGUUUGCCAAAGUUUACCAGAAGUGAAUAUUUGAUGGUAAAAGGGUCCUUUGAUUUCAUAGGGUUAAAUUAUUACACUUCAACUUAUGCAACUAGUACUUCUUGCCCACGUGAAAGACCAACUGCCUUCACAGAUGCUUGUGUUACACUUACCUCUAGAAGAAAUGGAGUUCUCAUUGGUCCAAAGGCAGCCUCAGAUUGGCUGUAUGUCUAUCCACCAGGAAUUCAAGGUCUACUAGAAUACACCAAGGAGAAAUUCAACAACCCUGUUAUUUACAUAACAGAAAAUGGAAUCGAUGAGCUUAAUGAUGGAAAAAUGGUACUAAAUGACAGAACAAGGAUAGAUUACUUCAGUCACCACCUUCUGUAUCUUCAUAGGGCCAUAAGGAAUGGAGUAAGGGUGAAGGGAUACUUUGCAUGGUCAUUGUUGGACAAUUUUGAAUGGACUGCUGGCUACAGUCUUCGGUUUGGACUGGUGUAUGUGGAUUACAAGAAUGGACUGAGAAGAUACCGUAAAAGAUCAGCUUUGUGGUUCAAAAUAUUUCUUCACCAAUGAAUUGAUGGGGUAAGGUAAAGAAAAGAAUAUGCUGUUUUUCUUUCUUAAUCCUUGUCAUUUGCUUUGGGCCACUGUAAGAACUAUGCAGAUUGACUUUGAUGAUUUCUGAUAAUCUAUCUGUAACUUCCAUUAA